AAAUUAACGUAAAGGCUGCAUAAACGUUGUUUUGCGGCAUUACGAGCUCGCGUACGUUUACAACAGUCAGGUGAUGCAACGAUGAUCCAGGGACAACGUUUGUAAGAGCUGAAAGUCACCUGUGUGCUGUCCAAUUUUCCCUAGCCUUUGGGACCAUGGCUUAUCCAUUAAGGAGUGAAGUGGUCAGGCUGUAUAAAAAUCUCCUCUACCUUGGACGGGAGUAUCCCAAAGGCGCUGGCUACUUCAGGGAUAGACUGAAGUCUGCGUUUUUGAAGAACAAAGAUGUGAAAGACCCAGAGAUUAUCAAACAAAUGAUAGCCCGAGGGGAGUUUGUCGUCAACGAGUUGGAAGCACUUUACUACCUGAGGAAGUACAGAGCCAUGAAAAAGCGGUACUACGAUGCUGAGGAAUGACUGGCCACACUUGAAAUGUGACAUCAAAGUUAUGGUGCCCUCUAUGAAGAGAUUUUUUUAAUUUAUUUUUACGGGGUAGAUCAGCUUUAAUAUUGCAGAUAAAUUGUAACUUCCGUCAAUGUAAUUGAGUAAAAAACAAUGCUUAGGCCUCUACUUCCAGCUUAUACAUACUAUAUACAUUUUAUGGACAGCCAAUUUGACAAUUGU